AUGGAAGUUUUCCCCGUCAUCUUGGUGGUGUCCGUCUGGUGGGCUCGCUCCUGGCCCGCCGCCGCCGCAGACUCCAUCAUCCACAUCGGAGCAAUUUUUGAUGAAUCCGCCAAGAAGGAUGAUGAGGUGUUUCGGGUGGCAGUUGCUGACCUCAACCAGAAUGAGGAGAUCUUACAGACGGAGAAAAUCACGUUUUCGGUGACAUUUGUAGAUGGCAACAACCCCUUCCAGGCAGUUCAAGAAGCCUGUGACCUUAUGAACCAAGGCAUCCUGGCCCUCGUGAGCUCCAUCGGCUGCACAUCAGCAGGGUCCCUCCAGUCUCUGGCAGAUGCCAUGCACAUCCCUCAUCUCUUCAUCCAGCGCUCAACGGCGGGGACGCCGCGGAGUGGCUGCGGACUCACCCGGAGUAACCGAAAUGACGACUACACCCUCUCCGUCCGCCCCCCUGUCUAUCUCAAUGAUGUCAUCCUGAGAGUGAUCACAGAAUAUGCCUGGCAGAAAUUCAUCAUUUUCUAUGAUAACCAAUAUGAUAUCCGUGGAAUCCAGGAGUUCUUGGAUAAGGUGUCUCAGCAGGGAAUGGACGUCGCCCUCCAGAAAGUAGAGAACAAUAUCAACAAGAUGAUCACGGGGCUCUUUUCAACCAUGCGGAUAGAGGAGCUGAACCGCUACCGGGACACCCUCAGACGGGCUGUCCUGGUCAUGAAUCCGUCCACGGCCAAGUCCUUCAUUACAGAGGUCGUGGAGACGAAUUUAGUGGCUUUUGACUGUCACUGGAUCAUCAUCAAUGAGGAAAUAAAUGAUGCCGAUGUCCAGGAGCUAGUGAGAAGGUCCAUUGGAAGGCUAACGAUUAUUCGCCAGACAUUUCCAGUACCUCAGAAUAUAAGUCAACGAUGUUUCCGUGGCAGUCAUCGAAUAUCUUCAUCACUGUGUGAUCCCAAGGAUCCUUUCUCCCAGAACAUGGAGAUUUCCAACCUCUACAUCUAUGACACGGUGCUUUUGCUGGCCAACGCUUUCCACAAGAAGCUGGAGGACCGGAAAUGGCAUAGCAUGGCUAGCUUGACCUGCAUCCGUAAAAGCUCCAAACCCUGGCAAGGAGGCCGGUCCAUGCUGGACACCAUCAAGAAGGGUGGUGUGAGUGGUCUAACUGGUGACCUGGAGUUCGGAGAGAAUGGGGGAAAUCCCAACGUCCACUUUGAAAUUCUUGGGACCAACUACGGGGAAGACCUUGGCAGAGGCGUUCGCAAGCUUGGCUGCUGGAAUCCUGUCACGGGGCUGAAUGGGUCACUGACAGAUGUAAAACUGGAGAAUAACAUGCGUGGAGUCGUCCUUCGUGUGGUCACGGUGCUGGAAGAGCCAUUUGUGAUGGUUUCGGAGAAUGUGUUGGGGAAACCGAAGAAGUACCAGGGCUUCUCCAUUGAUGUCCUGGAUGCCUUAUCCAACUACCUGGGCUUCAAGUAUGAGAUUUAUGUUGCACCAGAUCACAAGUAUGGCAGUCCCCAAGAGGAUGGGACAUGGAACGGCAUCGUUGGAGAGCUGGUAUUUAAGCGAGCUGACAUAGGGAUUUCUGCUUUAACCAUCACCCCGGCUCGGGAAAACGUGGUGGACUUCACAACUCGUUACCUGGACUAUUCAGUGGGCGUGCUGCUCCGCAGGGCGGAGAAGACGAUGGACAUGUUCGCCUGCUUGGCCCCGUUUGACCUCUCCUUGUGGGCCUGCAUUGCUGGGACCGUGCUGCUGGUGGGACUCCUGGUCUACCUUCUGAACUGGCUGAACCCCCCGCGUUUGCAGAUGGGCUCCGUGACUUCGACCACGCUCUACAAUUCCAUGUGGUUUGUCUACGGCUCCUUCGUUCAGCAAGGAGGUGAGGUCCCAUAUACAACCCUAGCCACGCGGAUAAUGAUGGGCGCCUGGUGGCUGUUCGCUCUGAUCGUCGUCUCAUCUUACACUGCCAACCUGGCGGCCUUCCUCACCAUCACUCGCAUUGAGAGCUCGAUCCAGUCUCUCCAGGAUCUCUCCAGGCAGACAGACAUUCCGUACGGCACCGUCCUGGACUCAGCGGUCUACGAGCACGUCCGUGUGAAGGGGAUGAACCCGUUCGAGAGGGACAACGUGUAUUCUCAGAUGUGGCGGAUGAUCAACAGAAGCAACGGAUCAGAGAACAAUGUUCAGGAGUCGUCGGCGGGCAUCCACAAGGUGAAGCAUGGAAACUACGCCUUCGUGUGGGAUGCGGCCGUGCUGGAGUAUGUGGCCAUCAACGACCCAGAGUGCUCUUUCUAUACCGUGGGCAACUCAGUGGCUGACCGGGGCUACGGCAUUGCCCUACAACAUGGGAGUCCAUACCGUGAUGUCUUCUCUCAGAGGAUCCUGGAGCUCCAGCAGAAUGGAGACAUGGAUAUCCUGAAGCAUAAAUGGUGGCCAAGGAAUGGCCAGUGCGACCUGUAUUCGAGCAUAGACCCCAAGCAGAAAGGGGGUGCUCUGGACAUCAAGAGUUUUGCGGGAGUUUUCUGCAUCCUGGCGGCGGGAAUCGUCCUCUCCUGCUUCAUCGCCAUGCUGGAGACGUGGUGGAACAAGAGGAAAGGCUCCCGAGUUCCUUCUAAAGAGGACGACAAGGAGAUGGACUUGGAGCAGCUCCACCGGCGAGUGAACAGCCUGUGCACCGACGAUGACAGUCCCCAUAAACAGUUCUCCACCUCGUCCAUUGACUUGACUCCCCUGGACAUGGACACUCUGCCCACGCGCCAGGCCCUGGAGCAGAUCAGCGACUUCAGGAACACUCACAUCACCACCACCACCUUCAUCCCAGAGCAGAUCCAGACUCUCAGCCGCACUCUCUCCGCCAAAGCGGCCUCUGGGUUCUCUUUCGGCAACAUGCCGGAGCACCGAACGGGCCCUUUCAGACACAGAGCACCCAACGGGGGCUUUUUCCGCAGCCCCAUCAAGACCAUGUCCUCCAUUCCGUACCAGCCGACCCCCACGCUCGGUCUCAACCUGGGCAGCAGUGACCCAGACCGAGGAACCUCCAUCUGAACGGCAAAGUUUCUUCCCUGUUUCUGUCUAGGACUCCCUUCGCAAGGAGCAGCUGGAGUGUUGUGGGACUAACAAGGAUGUAACUUUGAAAAAAAAAAUCAGGAUUCUCAGUAACUUCUCUCCCUCUGUCAAUCUGUCUCUCACUCGCUUUCUCUCCAUUCUCCUUGGCUCUUUUUAUUUAUCUCCACCUCCUGCCACCCAUCCCCUUGCUGUUUUGUUAGUUAGACACCUCCCCCUCCCCUCUCCGCCCUCCACAAAUGCAGUCUACUGUAACAAUCUUCUGUUAGCACCCCCUUCAUUCACUGUGCUUUAAGUAUAGGAUGCGUGUGCUGAACACCCUUUCGCAUCAGGGCCUCUGUGACGUCUCUGUCCGUUUCCACCGCCACCACAAACGAUUGCAAUAACCUCACCCGCUUUCCAACCGUCCAGCUUCCUCCUCCCAGAACUUUUCCGCUGCUGUGGGUCCUCGCCUGUGGGCCAAGAACGAGCCCUGCAGGGUAGAAAGACGAUUCAGGCCGCAAAACGUGAGAAUGCAAUUUUGUAGGAUUACAAAAAAGCCAUUACUAUGCCAGUAAAGACUACAGUUCGAUCGACUUCUGCACUGCAACAGUGCAUAUGACCAUUAUGUGAUUGUAUAGUGUUAAAAGCUUUUUCUUAUGUAUAGUAAACUUUAUCAUAUG